CAGGCUCCCGGCUGAUGGCUCAGAGGGUCCGAAACUCGUCAGAAGCGUCCGCGAACUCGAAUAUAGUACACGGGGCGGUAUCGGCCGUAGAAUAACAAAUAAAGUACCGCCGUAGAAUAAUAUAAAGUUCGAAUAUAAUACAUUCUAGAAUUGUGCAUAGAAAUAUACACGCAAGAAAAUUGAUACAGCUGGGAAAAAAUCGAAGCGCUAAUACCGAGUUAAUAUCGUAAGAUCCGUAAGAUACAACCGCUAUUACGAAUGAGAUUCUCCGUAGAUAAAUCAAUGAUCAGUGUAAACUUGCUCCCGUACAACAGUUUGCAGUGAACCGCUGCACGCGGAUCCAGAGGAGCUCUUCGGGGUAUCGAAAAACGAGUAAAUAAUACGUAAGAAGUUACAUCGUUCUUUCGUGGAACGAACCGCAUCUCACGUAAUCUCGUCAAAGCACAUGGUCCGGUGAUUUUAAGACUAUGGCAAAAAUUUGCAAUCCAAUUAUUUCGCACUCCGCGAUACUCGCCCUUGUCUUACUCACCGUUUUUCAUAUUGGAGAUGCCAUAAUCUGUUAUCAAUGUAACAGCGAAUACGACCCCCGGUGCGGUGACCCCUUCGAUUCGUACACCUUGGGGACCGUCAACUGCAGUUUUCAACCAAGACCCGAACACCUUGGAAAUGCCGAGCCAACUCUGUGCAGAAAAACUUUGCAAAAAAUUUACGGAAAAACGCGUGUGGUUCGAGGCUGCGGUUUCUUAACGGAUUCUAGAGACGACGGUGAUUGUGUGCAAAGAAGCGGUACACACGAUGUUCUUGCCUGGUAUUGUGCCUGUACUACGGAUCUCUGCAACGCGGCAAAUGCGAAAUUGCCAAUGUCCGUCAUCGGGACCACCACCACCGCAUUGACAGCCAUUUUAUUUAGACAUAAAUUAGCGGGGUUCUAAAUCCAUGUAAUUGAAAAAAAUACGAAAGGCGGGAAGAGAAGAGGAAUAUCUAUAAAAGUAAAAACUAUUUUUAUCGUCAUAGCCUCGUCAAGGUUAAGAAUAUGUUCAUUAGGGAAUAUAAUUAUAUAUAUGUUACUGUGAAACAUCGAAAUCUGAAGAAUGUUGACUUUCGCAUAGUCGCUUAUGUUAGUAUGUGUCCGAAAUAUUAGCUAAAUAUGUAGUACCCUUAUUUCUGACUUACACCGGUAAAUGUUGACAUUCACCAUGCAGAGCAUAUCUGUGAUUGUCGACACACACCGGAGAGGGUCCGAAUGUACAACAAUGUGAUGAAAUAUUCGAUCUUUCACCGACGUAUUUGGUACCUGUUGACAUUCACCGGUGAAAGUCGACAUUCGGUCAUUCACGGUAAAAUAUAUAUUUGAAAAUAAAUAGGUUACAAGUUUCCUGAAUCCAAAGUCGUUCCCAACCAGCUUAUUUAUACACCUACAAAUAUGAACGAAGCAAGGAUGAAAUCAAAUAAGGAAAAAAUCAAACAAACAAAAAAUAUAAGAUGCGAAGCAUCGAACUUACUGGUAGAUAUUAUACACGUGCAUUAUACAACGGUCAAUAUCGACGAUUCGUAUAUAAUUUAUAAUAUACAGGCACUGCAAAGCGGCCAAACGACACGGUGAGAACAUUCCACUACGGAUAUACCAAAUACUGCAGCCAAUAACGUAUACGGACGAACGGAGAAUCGUUUGAUGACACUUAGUAGUUACGAUCGGUAUCAUCGUCUGUGGCAUAGCUUAAUGCUCGUAGAUUUUACCGGGUAUAGCGGAAUUCAACGGGAUAUACCGGAGAAAAUAUCGAGGUCGUAUCAAAGGUAAACUUGACAUUUUCGACGGAGUGGCUUUUUUUAAAUUAUUAAUUAAUUUGUUAAAUUAUUUUGUUGGUUUUUUGGUUGUCUUUUCGUUUUGCAAAUACAAGAAUUAACGAGUUAUACAUAUCAAAAUUAGGUGUUUGAAUUAAGGUUGAAAUUUUUAGAAGCUCGAGAAGAAAACGAUAAGCAAAAUUGAAAAAGCAAUUAACACUCUGAGGGAUUACUGACAAAAAAUCAGAGCGAUUAUUGUUACAAGGACAGACCAUGUGUAUGAUUGUAACGGAUCAUCUAAUUAAGUUGUAUCAUGUAUAACGAGUAAUAAUAAUGAUAAUAAUCACCAUGGUAACGAUAAGUGGGAGGGCUAUAUGUGCGAAAAUAGAUACAAAUGUAAUAUACGUAUAAUAUAUAGGUAUAUUUAUUGUAACGCGGAAUUGAUUGAUAGAAUUGAAAACAAAUAAAUUAUUUGAAUUAA